AUGGGGCCGAUCCCUCGGUGGGGAGAUGUGAAGGAGCUGCGACUUAGUUGUCGUUGGGUAAAGAGGGCCUUUACCCUUGUUGAGCCUAGGCUGGACCGGGGCGUUGUGGUGAGAAGGCACUGGCUGGUUUGGCUGGGUGAGUUCAACAUCCUAGGUAAACUCAAGUUGGGAACCUGGUGCCUGCGCCUUCUCCCAGUUACGCUUCAGGGUGUGGUAGUCAUACAUCUUGGUGACGCUAGCGCGGAGGAGCUCCACCUCUGCCUGAAGAUUGACAUAUACCGAAGGUUUCCUUCGGGAGGUACCCUCGCGGGGAGUAUAGUGCUGAGUAUUAUGGCUAUCCUCGGUCAGUAUAGCAGAAUGUGGAGUGAAGAAGAGGCGAUAAGGCUGGAUAGGAGAAGGAGCCAGCUGGGCUAG